AUCCGUCACCCGCUUUAGUUUAGUCCUUCCUUCCUUCCCCUGAGAAUCUCCUAAUUUCACGACAACGAAGCAAAAAAAAAAGCAGUUUUUGUUCCCCCGUUGAAGCUCAACUAGUUUUUUCUCUCGGUCUCUCUAGAUCUAGCUUUUAUCGGCAUUGCAGGUUGAGAUACUUUACUCCAUAGUUGUAACGCUAUGGUGACGAUCCGGAGCGCUUCGGUCUUUAUUCUAGUUCUGCUCGCUGUCUCACACCUGGCUUUGGUUGCGAAUGGGGAAGACAAAACGAUUAAAGUGAAGAAGGUGAAGGGGAAGAAGGUGUGCACGCAGGGAUGGGAAUGCGUCUGGUGGUCUCAGUACUGCUGUAACGAGACGAUCUCCGAUUACUUCCAGGUGUAUCAGUUCGAGCAGCUCUUCGCCAAAAGAAACACUCCCAUUGCUCAUGCUGUUGGUUUCUGGGACUACCAGUCUUUCAUCACCGCGGCUGCUCUCUACGAGCCUCUUGGGUUCGGUACCACUGGUGGAAAGCUCAUGGGACAGAAAGAAAUGGCUGCCUUCCUCGGCCAUGUCGCCAGCAAAACGUCCUGUGGAUAUGGAGUUGCAACAGGAGGGCCUUUAGCUUGGGGUCUGUGCUACAACAGGGAGAUGAGCCCAAUGCAAUCUUACUGUGACGAGACCUGGAAGUACAAGUACCCUUGCAGCCCUGGAGCUGAAUACUACGGACGUGGUGCUUUACCCAUUUACUGGAACUUCAACUACGGUGCAGCAGGUGAAGCAUUAAAAGCCGAUCUCUUGAACCACCCCGAGUACAUCGAGCAGAACGCCACGCUUGCCUUCCAAGCUGCCAUCUGGAGAUGGAUGACACCGAUCAAGAAAGCUCAGCCUUCAGCUCACGAUAUCUUCGUUGGAAACUGGAAACCGACGAAGAACGAUACUCUGUCCAAACGUGGACCGACUUUUGGCACCACCAUGAACGUCUUGUACGGAGAGUACACGUGCGGUCAAGGUGACAUUGAGCCGAUGAACAACAUUGUCUCGCACUACUUGUACUUCCUUGAUCUCUUGGGUAUCGGAAGAGAAGACGCGGGGCCUAACGAGGAGCUCAGCUGCGCUGAGCAGAAACCAUUUAACCCUUCGACUGCACCUUCCUCCUCCUCCUCGUAAGUCUCUCUGCAUUGCUCGUUGUUCUCAAGUCUCUUUUGCUUUUAACUCGACCAAGUGUUAUGUAAUAAGUGAAAUUGCUUGUGUGUGUGUGGCUUCUUUUUGUCUAGGGCUUGGUCCCUGUAGAACAACUUAUAUUUUCCUGUAUGUAAUACCUUAUUCAAUUAUUAUUAUGAUUUGCCGAA